AUGGAGCCUGGCGGCUCGUCUGAGGCUGGGCACACGGCCUCGCGGACGAAGCAUUCGAGAGCAUCGACGACUGGGUCACCAAUAGUAGCAGGUACCGUGCGCACGAGGCCAUCGCCUCCCCCAAACUCAGGCGAUCAGGGGACACCAGAUGGUGCUCGGCCGCCAGCAAAACGUGCCCGGAAGGCCAUCAAUUGCGAACCGUGCAGAAGUAGCAAACUCAAGUGCGAUAGAAACCGUCCUUGCUCGUCCUGUGUUCUGAGAGGUACCGCCGCACUGUGCUAUCCUGGGUCAGAUAGCGCAGCUGCCCAAGGAGUCCGAGGAGAUGACCCAAGGACCGGUGUUGACCCGUAUCAAGAGUUCGCUCGCAUCCGGCAGUCUCUGGCUGUUCUGGAGACGAUCAUUCAUCCGGAUUACUUUCGCACUCCUGCUGCGACUGUCGGUACUGAUUCCGCUGGUUAUUAUCCUUCGACCACACCGAGUUCCGACUCUUCGGCGCCUUUUCUAUCCAGCAACCAUCCGAAGAAAGAACCGAGCGAUGAUGAUCUGCAAAAACGCGCAGUUCCCGGAAUGCUUGGCCAACAGGGCAUGGGAGGGCUUUACGCGGGCCCAACCAGCGUGGCGACUAACUUAGUCUUGAGAGACUCCCGCGACAGCGAUUCGCGCCAGUCCAGCGAGGACAAUGCAGAAGCACCUCCGUCCAGUGCUCUUCCUGGCCAUGAAUAUGACGCAGAUCUCCUCAAUGACUUGCCUCAAUGGCGGGUCAUUGAUGGUCUCGUCAGCUACUACUUCGAAUAUUGCAAUUGGGUUUACAGACAUGUAUGCCAGUCGACAUUCCUCGCUGCUUGGUCGCGCUUCAAGAGCGGGCACUCUCCUGAUCGACUGAUAUUGGCUACUGUCUGCGUGAUUAUGGCAAUCUCCGUCUUCUACCUUCCUGAGCGGCACCCGUUAUUGGAGAAUAUAGUUGAGACGCACGAACAGCUAGGCGACAAGUACUAUAGCGUUAUGAUCAAGGCUUUAGGAAGAUACCAGGCUGAGAACAGGACUUACUCACUCGAGCUGGUGGAACUCCUGUUGAUCCGCUGCCAUUAUCUCACACUAAGCAAAACAGACUGUGAGGAAGUAUGGACGGUCAGAGGCGAAUUGGUGAGUCUUGCGACUGCCAUGGGACUACACCGUGAUCCUAGGAAAUGGAAGAUGAGUAGAGAGGUUGCAGAACGUAGACGGUGGGCUUUCUGGCAUAUCAUUUUACUUGAAAGAUGGCAAGCGUUCAUGUUUGGCCGUCCGAUCUCUGUUGCCUCCCACCAUUUCGACACACAGCUACCAUCUUCGCAUGAUCCUUCGCUUCUUUCCAAUACUCAAAGCCCCUCGUUAUAUUUGCCCAAUAUUGCCUUGUUCAAAUUGGCGUACAUUCUGGGAGAUAUCAUGAAUGACGCUGUCUCACUCAAGCCUGUUCCAUAUGAGACGGUGAUGGCGCAUGAUCAAGCCUUGAAACGUUGGGCCGAGGAUUUACCCAAGGAAGUGGAUCUGGAUGAGUUCAGCGUCGCCCGAAGUCUGGCCAGUAGGGAUUUGGGCACCAUCAGACUGGGUGUCCAAAGCGUCAUCAUCAAAACCAGCUAUUAUCAUAUACGUUUCACUCUUCAUCGCCCCUACGCUAGUGCCCCCUCGCUAAGUGCAGCCCCAUCCAAGUCGCAGAACUCCUCAUUUCAUCAGCAGUCUCUUGAGAUUGCUGUAGGCUAUGCACGACGGUUGGUCUUGGUCGUCGGCCAGGUUCGGCCAGAUUUCCAGAACAACACUUCUCUUGCCGUCCCAGGACACAUGAAUUGGGGCCCGUUUCAUAUCUUCUCCGCUGCCAUGUUCUUCUCUUUCCAGCUCAUAAAUAAUCCUGACCAAGCUGGCGCGCAUAUGUUCCGGACGAGUGUGCGACAGGCUAUGGAAACACUCCGGUUAUGCAGAGGUGCACCGUUGGCCGACAAAGCUUUGGAUAUCUUGGACGCCCUCGCUCCCUUGUCUCUACGGGAGAGUGACCACACCACGGACAAGGGUAAAGAGGAUAGAGACAGGCAAAUGACCCACGUCUUGAGCGCCGUGAGAAACCUUGCAUUCCCUUGCCACGAUUCACCAAGCUAUCCGUAUCCGUACGGCCGUGGAGGUCUGGAUUCUCCGGCGUCUGGAAGCAGCGAGCCUAAGCAGCCUGGGAGCGGUAUAUCCGGGUACCAGACCAGUGUAUCAUCCGAAUUAUCGUCCUUAGCGCCAUACACGCACCCUCCGCCAAUGCCGCCCCCUCACCUGCACUCGUCUUUGAUCUCGCAACAGCACCAAGGAAUGUCUACCGGGCAGCACUCUAUGCAUGAGAUGCCAUACUCGCACGGCUAUUCUCAACAGCACUCGCAAGGCAUGUAUGGUGCUGGACUGAACUACAGCCAACAACCUAGCGAAGAGAUGAUAUGGGGCGCUUCCAUGGGCUUUGGUCAUUCAGAGUGGACCAACUUCGUGAACGUGGUAAGGCAGGAUACGGGCAGAGCAAGCACCGAGCACGCUGGCAAUUCACAUGGAUUGUCUCAUGGCUAA